AUGCUUACUCUAAAACUAUUUGUUUACACGGUAGUGAUAUUCUUCGUUUCUCUUUUCAUCUUCGGAUUCUUAUCUAACGAUCCAGGACGUAACCCAGGACGUGAAGAAUAA